GUUUAUCUUAGGUUCACGCGCGACGUGAAGUCGGGUAUUAGCGCGUUUACGUUCUGCACUUUGCAACGUCACUAUAGAGAGCUUCACCUCUCUACGUGCGACCCGUCGAGAUGGAUGAUCUAUAUGAUGAGUUUGGCAAUUUUAUUGGGGAAGCCGAGUCCGACGACGAAUCCGAACAUGAAGUGCAGGUGGCUGACCCUUAUCUGAACUAUGACGAUGAUGAGGUGGCAGAGGUCAAUGACCAACAGCUCAUGGAGGUUGACGAAGAUGGGCCAUCAAAUGCGGUCAUUUUACAUGAAGACAAGCAGUAUUACCCUACUGCCCAACAAGUGUAUGGCACCGAUGUAGAAACGAUGGUACAAGAAGAGGAUACGCAGCCUCUGACGCAGCCAAUCAUCGAACCAGUCGUACAGAAAAAGUUCAUCGUAGAAGAAACCGAUCUACCCUCCGUCCGGUUUUCGCGUGAGUUUAUGAGCGAUCUCAUGAACUUUCCAGAACAAACUCGGAACGUAGCCCUGGCUGGGCACCUUCACCACGGCAAGACUGCCUUUAUGGACAUGCUAGUAUUUGAGACACACGACAUUGAGCAGAAGCUAGAAAAGAGAAGAGGCAAGAAACGAGAUGAGCAAUUGAGGUAUACGGAUACACAUACUCUGGAGCGCGAAAGAGGUGUCUCAAUAAAGGCAUCACCAAUGACCUUGGUCUUACAGACCAGCAAGGGCAAGUCGCAUCUGGUGAACGUCCUGGAUACACCGGGGCACGUGAACUUUGCCGACGAGAUGGCCGCGUCACUCCGACUCGUGGACGGAGUUGUACUGAUCGUGGAUGUAGUAGAGGGUGUUCAAGUUACUACUGAGCACACGAUCAAGCAUGCGAUUCUCGAAGGACUCCCAUUAACGUUGGUCAUCAACAAGAUGGACCGACUGAUCCUGGAACUCAAACUUCCUGCGUCGGACGCAUACUUCAAACUGAAGCAUGUUGUGGAACAAGUAAAUACCUUCAUUGAAGAAGUGGUUCCAGGUCAGGGUGAAAAAUACCGUGUCAGCCCGGAGAAAGGCAACGUUGCAUUUGCAUCAAGCGAUAUGAGGUGGUGCAUAACGCUUCAGUCGUUUGCACGGAUAUAUGCUCAAAGCUAUCCCGGAGUCGAUGUCGAGGAGUUCAGUCGCCGGUUAUGGGGCGAUAUCUUCUUCAAUCCCGGUAGCCGCAAGUUCACACGAAGGGCCGCGGAAGACAAGGCAAAACGUAGUUUUGUUAGCUUCGUGCUGGAGCCUAUAUAUAAGCUCUAUGCUCACACUAUCAGCAAAGAUCCGGAUGAGCUCAAGACAUUCCUUGGAAGACACGGUAUCUACUUGAAGCCGAAUGAAUUGAAGCGAGAUGCAAAGGAUCUACUGCGCUUAGCUUGUGCACAAUUCUUCGGACCUGCUACCGGCUUUGUAGAUAUGAUUGUCAAUCAUGUACCAUCACCAGUCGACGGGGCUAGGAGGAUGCUUGAGCGCUAUUACACUGGACCUCUAGAUACAAAAACUGUGGCAUCUAUGGAGAAAUGCGAUCCAGACGGCCCGCUAGUAGUGCAUGUCACCAAGCUUUACAAUACUGCGGAUGCAAAGAGCUUCCAUUGUCUUGGCCGUGUGAUGAGUGGGACCGCUCGUCCCUCAACAACAGUUCGAGUACUGGGUGAGGGUUAUACACCGGACGAUGAAGAAGAUAUGGUGGCUGUUACAGUCACUGACACCUGGAUUGCCGAAUCGAGGUACAAUGUGCCAACUAGUGGUGUACCUGCUGGGAGUUGGGUGCUGCUUGGUGGAGUCGACAACUCCAUUGUCAAGACCGCAACAAUUAUCGCUCAAAAGCUACCGGAUGACGAGGAACCGUACAUUUUCAGUCCAGUGAAACAUUUCUUUGAAUCUGUGUUCAAGGUCGCCGUGGAGCCCAUUAAUCCAUCUGAACUCCCAAAGAUGUUGGACGGUCUUCGUAAGGUCAAUAAGAGUUACCCAUUAGUAACGACCAAGGUCGAGGAAUCAGGCGAGCAUAUUAUCUUGGGUACUGGGGAACUAUACAUGGACUGCGUUCUGCAUGACCUCCGACGACUUUACGCCGAGAUGGAAAUCAAGGUAUCAGAUCCAGUCACAAGGUUCUGCGAGACUGUACAGGAGGCUUCAGCGAUCAAAUGCUACGCGCUUUCGCCAAAUAAAAAAAACAAGCUGACCAUGGUCGCAGAGCCACUUGACACCGGUAUCGCAGGGGAUAUCGAAAGUGGUAAAGUAAACAUCAAAGAUCCAGUUCGCAAGGUUGGGAAGUUCUUCGAGAACAAUUAUGGCUAUGAUCUGCUUUCUUCCCGCAACAUUUGGGCAUUUGGACCAGACGAUAUGGGUCCAAAUAUACUUCAGAAUGACACUCUUCCCUCCGACGUGGAUCAGAAACUGCUCAAGUCGGUACGCGACACGAUUCGCCAAGGCUUCUCUUGGGCAACCCGAGAGGGUCCACUUUGCGACGAACCAAUUCGCAACACGAAGUUUCGAAUAAUGGACGUCAAUGUAGCCCCAGAAGCAAUCUUCCGUGGUGGCGCGCAGAUAAUACCUACAUCAAGACGGGCUUGCUACUCAUCAUUCCUCAUGGCGAGCCCGCGACUGAUGGAGCCAGUGUACUCUUGCUCGAUGGUGGGACCAGCAGAUGCAGUCACAGCGGCUUACACCGUGCUUGGACGGAGGCGAGGUCAUAUCCUGUCCGAUGGACCGAUUGCAGGAACUCCUCUCUACCAAGUCAAAGGACUCCUCCCCGUAAUUGAUAGCUUUGGCUUCGAGACAGAUUUAAGGAUUCAUACACAAGGUCAAGCUAUAGUCUCUCUGGUGUUCGAUAACUGGCAAAUUGUUCCCGGCGACCCACUUGAUAAAGAAGCCAAGACCCGUCCACUACAGCCUGCCACAGCGCAAGCCACAGCCCGAGAUUUUGUUCUCAAGACAAGGAGAAGGAAGGGGCUUGCUGAAGAUGUCACUAUAAGUAAAUUCCUCGAGCCUGAGUUAUUCAGGAAUUUGAAAGAGAGCGGUAUUCUGGACUGAGGAGGCCGUGAGUGGAAGGCAGCAACUAUAGAGCGAGCUGUACAAAUGCAGGUGGCAAGUAAGCCAAGUACACAGAUGCACUAGCUGGAC